AUGAGCUUAGAGCCCACGUGGGCCGCAGGAGCGGAGGGGGCGUGUCUCAGUGCAGGGGGACCAAUCGGAGCGUCCACUGCCCUGUGGAGACAGGUCAGAGUGGUGGAGGUGAAGAGCAGCCUGCCGUCGGGCAUGCAGAGCCCCGUAGGAGCAGCCGGCGAGCAGAGAGGAGGAGGAGGAGGAGGAGAAGGAGGUGGUGGUCCAGGAGAAAGCCCAGGAGGAGGUGGAGGUGGAGGAGGAGGCCCGGUAGACCUGCGGACGGAGCCCAGGGUGGGCUCUCUGUCUGCGGGCGCGGCGGCGGUGGACACGGCCAUGAGAGAGCAGCAGCUCCAGCAGGAACUCGUGCUGCUCAAACAGCAGCAGGAGCUGCAGAAACAGCUGCUGUUCGCCGAGUUUCAGAAGAAACACGAAGUCCUCACCAGACAGCACGAAGUCCAGCUGCAGGAGCACCUGAAGCAACAACAGGAGCUGCUGGCGGCGAAGCGGCAGCAGGAGCUGGAGCAGAAGAGGAAACUGGAGCAGCAGAGACACGAGGAGCAGGAGAAACAUCGACUGGAGCAGCAGCUGCUGCUGCUGAGGAACAAGGAGAAAGGCAAAGAGAGUGCCAUCGCCAGCACAGAGGUGAAGCUGAAGCUGCAGGAGUUCCUCCUCAAUAAGAAAGAGCCCGGCAUCGGCGGACUGAACCAUUCCUUCUCCCCAAAGUGCUG